AUGUUGCGAGUACUUUUGGCAUUAUUCUCAGUCAGUGCCGCAUUGUCUGCGGUCUACGGACAAGUCGACUACUGUGACGAGGACCUGUGUGGGACGAGCACACACAUUGCCUGCGACAACGAUGUGGGUUGGGGUGCGAGCUGUCCGACAAGUCCGGCGCCUUCCCUUAUGGUAUUCGACCUGGCGAAGAGGCAACAUGUGGUUCGUAUGCACAACGUCAGGCGCAAUAACUUGGCCUUGGGCAAGCUGGCUAAUUACCAACCGGCGAAAAGAAUGGCCACCAUUCGCUGGAGUCCAGAAAUGGCAAAAAUUGCCGCUUUUAAUGUGCAACAGUGUGUGAUGCAGCAUGAUGAAUGCCGCAACACGCAAAAGUUCUCAUCUAGCGGGCAGAAUUUGGCAUUUAUUGGCUACACGGGCGCCCAAUCGACGCGUUCAGACCAGGAUCUGCUUACCCAGGCUAUUAAUAUGUGGUGGAAUGAGAAUAAGAAUGCCAACAUGGCAGUCAUUAACAAAUAUCCAAACUCCUGGGUUGGACCCGCAAUUGGCCACUUUACGGUCAUGGCCCGGGAAUCGAACAUUGCCGUCGGCUGCGCUGGCACCACAUAUUUUGAGCGUGGAAUGAAUAAUGUUCUUAUAGCCUGCAACUAUGCCACCACCAACUUUAUUGGUAGGCCCGUCUAUGUGCGUGGCACGGCGGCAUCUGGAUGUAAGACAGGCAAGAACGUGAACUAUGCAGGCCUCUGCAAGGUGAACGAGGCCUAUACUCUUUAGAUUGCGACACCUGAAUAAUAA